AUGACUUCUCCGCCACCUCGGAGAAAUUUCUCCGGCAAGACUCCAUUAAGUUCUUGCCGCAAACUCCACCAUAACUCACUUCCAGAGAAACCCUCCACCAACGUCAAACGCCGAUAUGUCUCGACUUCUCUGACAUCGAAAAUGCAAACAAAUGACUCCAUUCUUCGGCCAUCGAAACUGCUACUGAAGGUGACAAUCGACAACAGCUUGGGUGCAAUACAGGUGCUGAUGUUGUCUGAAGACACAGUUGAAGAUUUGAUAAAGGCAGCGUUGGUGUUUUAUGAGAAGGAAAAACGGAGACCAAUUUUGAAGAACUAUGACCCAAAGUCUUAUAACCUUCACUAUUCCAAAUUCACUUUCCAAAGUUUGAAGCGGGACGAGAAGUUAUUAGGGUUGGAGUCAAGAAAUUUCUUUCUCUGCUCAAAGCCACAUGUUUCUUCAUGUGCUCAGAAAGAGAACAUGGCAAUGGAUUCUGCAUUUCCUUGGAUGAUUUUAGUCCCUUUCCUUCUAUAA